UUCAGCAGAGGAUUCAAACAGAUGGAGGUCCGCUGCAGGACACAUCAAUAGGUAUCAUGUUUCCAAAAGAGCUACAUGGUGGAGUGCCAGAUGCAAGAUCCCAUGCCUGUACAUCUCGUGACCUGUUAAUGUUUGUGGGAAUCUUUGUCACCAUAAAAGUGAUUAUCGCUUCUGCUCUUUUAGUUAAGUUCUUGCUGUUUCCCUCUGAGGUGGGCGAAUCACCUCCUCUCUGUGGUGGGAAAGGGAGCUGCACUGUCCCAACCCAGAGGCCCAUUCUGUCCAAGAAUCCAGUGAACCAGACAGGAAAUAUGACUGCAGACUGCUCAGUUCUGGUCAGCAAAGAUCAGCGUAUUGUUGGAGGAACCUUAGCUACAAAGAACGAGUGGGGCUGGCAAGUCAGCAUGCAAUGGAAGGGGAAACACGUCUGUGGUGGUGCCAUCAUCUCACCUCGUUGGGUGAUCACUGCAGCACACUGCUUUGUUGAAAAUAACAUGCUUCAAGUAGCUGACUGGACAGUGGUGGCAGGCACUGUAAGCAUUGGACACAGCUCUCUGGGGCAACACUACAGGGCACUGCAGAUCCUCUACCACCCUGACUUUAAGGACAAUGACUAUGACGUGGGACUGUUGCGCACCAUAAUUGACAUGGACAUGACGAGUGGGGUCCGACCGGUCUGUUUACCCAGUCCAACCGAGUCCUUUCUUGGUGGAUCAGACUGCUGGAUCACAGGCUGGGGAUACGUAAAUGAAAACAAAGGCUAUGUGUCGGAAGAGUUAAGGCAGGCUCAUGUUAAGGUAAUAGCUCAAUCCAUCUGCUCCGACUUGAGUGUCUAUGGUCUCUUGAUAACUCCUCGAAUGAUUUGCGCUGGGAGCAUGGACGGAGGGGUGGACUCUUGCCAGGGGGACAGUGGUGGACCACUUGUGUGUAAGACAUCUAAAGGGGAUUGGAAGCUGGCAGGCGUGGUGAGUUGGGGAGAGGGAUGUGCACGGCCUAAUAAACCAGGCGUCUACAGCAGAGUAACUGAACUGCUUCAAUGGAUUGAAAGAUACAUAGAUACAUAGGAUAAAGCAGAGGAUUCGGCCGAGACCACCACAGCUGUUUCCUCAACACCUCAAAAUCUGACACUGAGAUAACUGACAAUAAAGAUCGACUUGUAUCUA